AUGGCCUUCGCGCCCAUGGGGCCUGAGGCCUCGUUCUUCGAGGCUUUGGACCGGCACAGGGCGUCCCUCUUGGCCGCCCUGGGGAGGGACAGCGGGCCUGAGGAGGCUGCGGGCAGGAGCAGGGGCCCAGCCUCUAGUUCUGAGGUUCUUACAUCUAUAGAAAAUAUUAUCCAGGAUAUAGUCAAAAGCUUGGCAAGAAGUGAAGCACCUGCAUUCAUAAUAGACAGCAGAUCAAGCUGGAACAAUAUAAAGUUUGAAGAUUCUGUGGGUCUUCAGAUGGUAUCUCAGUGUACCAUGAGAAAAAUCAGAAGUGAUUCAACAAGAUCAGUUAAAAAGUUUGCUCUAAUUCUUAAAAUAUUGUCUAUGAUUUAUAAAUUGGUACAGAGCAACACUUAUGUAACCAAAAGAGAUAUAUAUUAUACAGAUUGCCAACUCUUUGGUAAUCAAACUGUUGUGGACAAUAUUAUCGAUGACAUCUCCUGCAUGUUGAAAAUGCCAAGGAGGAGUCUACAUAUAUUAUCUACUUCAAAAGGUUUAAUUGCUGGCAAUUUGAGGUAUAUGGAGCAAGAUGGCACCAGAGUGAAUUGUACCUGUGGAGAAAACGCUAUUGCUGUGCCCUCUAAUAUUCAAGGGAUUCAGAAUUUAGUCACAGAUGCAAAAUUUCUAUUAAUUGUAGAGAAAGAUGCAACAUUUCAGCGACUUCUAGAUGACUGCUUUUGCCACAAAAUGUCUCCCUGCAUCAUGGUUACGGGGAAGGGAGUGCCUGACCUGAACACGAGACUUUUUGUCAGGAAGUUAUGGGAGACGUUCCACAUUCCCAUGUUCACCCUUGUCGAUGCCGACCCUCAUGGCAUAGAAAUAAUGUGUAUUUACAAGUAUGGAUCUAUGUCGAUGUCCUUUGAAGCCCACAAUCUCACAGUUCCAGCCAUUAGAUGGCUUGGUCUUCUGCCUUCUGAUAUUCAAAGGUUAAAUAUAUCCAAAGAGACUUUGAUUCCACUGACCAAACAGGACCAAAUGAAACUCGACAGCCUCCUGAAGAGACCUUAUGUGAACUGCCAGCCUUUUUGGAGACAAGAGAUGGAAAUAAUGGCAGAGAGUAAAAUGAAGGCGGAAAUUCAAGCCUUGACAUCGCUAUCAUCAGAUUAUCUUUCCAGAGUAUACUUACCUAAUAAAUUGAAAUAUGGAGGAUGGCUAUGA